UAUAUUUUCGUUUAUUUUCUUUGCUUCAUUCAUGUGGCUAGGUAGUGUAUAAAUAGAACAUAGAUCAAUGUCAAUAAUCAUUCUCAUAACACCCUCGUUGCACUAUCAUUCUCUCUUUCUCUAUUCUAUUUAUAUUUCAAUUUUCACUUCACCUAUUCCACCACCAUCCCCAUUAGACCAGAAAUAACCAUAAACAAAAAUGCAGUUCAUCUACAUUACACUGCUGUUGUUGGCCAGCAUUGCGGCACCUACUGUGUGCACCACUUACCUUCCUCUAAAACGGGUCAUUCCACUCAACCACCGCGUUAAGAUUGACACAUUGAUAGCUCGCGACAGAGUUCGCCACUCAAGAAUCUUGGGUGGUGUUGGCGUCAACUUCUCAGUCCAAGGGAUUGCUGAUCCAAACUCCUUUGGUCUCUAUACCACAAAAGUAAAGCUUGGAUCUCCACCAAGGGAGUUUACGGUUCAGAUUGACACCGGAAGUGACGCUCUAUGGGUUAACUGUAAUCCUUGUACUGGUUGCCCUCAUUCCAGUGGACUUGGGAUUGAACUCAAUUUUUUUGACACAACUAGUUCAUCCACGGCCGCACUAGUACAUUGCUCAGACCCGUUAUGCUCUCUCGCGGUUCAAGGUGCGCAAGCUAGUUGCUCUGAUAAGGAUAAUCAUAAUCAUAAUCAGUGCACCUACGCCUUUCGGUUUGAAGAUAACAGUGAUACCUCCGGUUUUUAUUUAUCUGAUAAGAUGUAUUUUGACACGAUAAUCGGGCAUUCUUCUCCGACUAGUGUUAACUCUUCAGCCACUAUUUUUUUUGGGUGUAGCACCGAUGUAUCUGGAGGUUUGACCAAGACGGCAAGAGCGUUUGAUGGAAUCUUUGGGUUUGGCCCUAAUGAUGUAUCAGUUGUAUCACAACUGUCAUCACAAGGAAAAACACCCAAUGUUUUCUCUCACUGUUUGAAAGGAGAUGGCAAUGGAGGAGGAAUUCUAGUUAUUGGUGAAAUUUUGGAGCCCAAUAUUGUUUAUAGUCCAAUGCUCCCAUCGCAGCUUCAUUAUGUCUUAAAUCUCCAAAGCAUUUCUGUCAGUGGGAAUCUCCUUUCAAUUAAUCCGGCCGUAUUUGUAACAUCAGACGACAAAGGAAUUGUAGUUGACAGCGGUACAACAUUGGCAUAUCUUAUUCAAGAAGCUUAUGAUCCUCUUGUUAAUGCCAUAACUACCGCUGUAUCACAACUCGGCAUCCCCGCUAUUUCAGAAGGAAGUCCUUGCUAUCUGGUUUCAACCAGUAUAGAUAUUUUUCCUUCGAUCACCUUUAACUUUUCUGGUGGAGCGCCCAUGGUUCUAAAACCAGCACAGUACCUUGUGCACAAUGAUUUCUUGUUCUCUUCAACGUGGUGCGUUGGUUUUCAAAAAAUACAAAGUGGAUCUUCAAUAUUAGGAGAUCUUGUCUUAAAAGAUAGGAUAGUUGUUUAUGACUUGGAUAAUCAACGCAUAGGAUGGACCGAUUAUAAUUGUUCUCUGCGUGUCAAUGUCUCUAUGACCCCGAGGAAGGAUAAAAGAAUAAAUCCAAGAGCAAAACGAUCGAGUGCCAGCAGCUUAGAGAUAAGGAUUCUCUGCACAUUAUUACAUGUAACCUUUGUAGCUUUUCUUAUGCACAUAUUAUGUUCUUGAUGAUGGAAAGAUAUGAUAUAACUUGUGCUAGAAAUAAAUAAUUUAGGAAUUUUUGUACACUUUCAUUUGAAAAGUUUGGGAGGCUAAUGAAACAAUGACUAGGAUGAAUGGAUAUGUAAAGAGAGUUGAAAUCAACAUUGUCAGCAUUCUCUCAUUGAAUGAAUCCAACCACAGAAUUUAUUGUAAUGUGCCAGAUUAAUUUUAUUUGUUAUGCUA